AAUGAAAUGAAACAUGGAUGAAAUGCGUGAAAACUAAAUUGGUGAGGGAAAACAUAGGUAGUAAGGGUGAAAUAGGAAUAAGGGAGAGGUCAAGAGGAGGCAUAUUGUCCAUUCUGAAUGUAAAUUUCAAGCAGAGAUCAGCACGAAGAGCAAAGCAAGUUCCUUGGACCGGUAGUUAGAUAGAGAGGAAUCAAAGCGAAGUUACACGAAGAGAGAGAAGGAAAUUGAGAGAAAAUGAUGUUAGACGGAACCGAAGAUGAAGAGAAGUUUCUCGCCGCUGGAAUCGCCGGUCUGCAGCAGAACUCUUUCUACAUGCACCGUGCAUUGGAUUCCAACAAUCUCCGAGACGCUUUGAAGUAUUCGGCUCAGAUGCUCUCCGAGCUCAGGACUUCCAAGCUUUCUCCUCACAAGUACUACGAACUAUAUAUGCGUGCCUUUGAUCAGUUACGGAAACUUGAGAUGUUCUUCGAGGAAGAGACUCGUCGUGGUUGCUCCAUUAUUGAUCUUUAUGAACUCGUCCAGCAUGCUGGAAACAUUUUGCCGCGAUUGUAUCUCCUCUGUACAGUAGGAUCAGUAUACAUCAAGUCCAAGGAAGCUCCCGCAAAGGAUGUUCUUAAGGAUCUUGUGGAGAUGUGUCGCGGUAUUCAACACCCUGUUCGUGGACUCUUUCUAAGGAGUUACCUUUCUCAAGUUAGUAGGGAUAAAUUGCCAGAUAUUGGUUCAGAGUACGAAGGGGAUGCGGAUACUGUAGCGGAUGCUGUAGAAUUUGUACUUCAAAAUUUCACUGAAAUGAACAAACUUUGGGUGCGGAUGCAACAUCAGGGGCCUGCCCGGGAGAAGGAGAAACGAGAAAAGGAAAGGAGCGAGUUGCGUGAUCUUGUUGGGAAGAAUCUUCAUGUUCUCAGUCAGAUUGAGGGUGUUGACCUAGAUAUGUACAAAGAUGCCGUGCUUCCCAGAGUACUGGAGCAGGUUGUGAAUUGCAAAGAUGAGUUGGCUCAGUUCUACUUGAUGGAUUGCAUAAUUCAAGUCUUCCCUGAUGAGUAUCACUUGCAAACUCUUGAUGUGUUAUUGGGUGCUUACCCUCAACUUCAGGCGUCAGUUGAUAUCAAGACAGUGCUGUCUCAGUUAAUGGAGAGGCUUUCAAAUUAUGCAGCUUCAAGUGCAGAGGUGUUGCCAGAGUUUUUGCAAGUUGAAGCAUUUUCGAAAUUAAGCAAUGCCAUUGGCAAGGUGAUAGAGGCACAACCUGACAUGCCCACUGUUGGAGUUGUAACUUUGUAUUCAUCACUUCUCACCUUCACGCUUCAUGUUCACCCUGAUCGCCUUGAUUAUGCAGAUCAAGUCUUGGGAGCAUGUGUGAAAAAACUAUCCGGCAAAGGGAAAAUUGAGGACAACAAGGCAACUAAGCAGAUUGUUGCUCUAUUAAGUGCUCCACUAGAGAAAUAUAACGAUGUUAUGACUGCACUGAAGCUUUCAAAUUAUCCUCGUGUAAUGGAAUACCUUGAUAUUCCAACUACUAAGGUCAUGGCAACUGUUAUUAUUCAAAGCAUUAUGAAAAAUGGAACACACAUUUCUACAUCAGAAAAGGUUGAUGCAUUGUUUGGACUGAUAAAGGGGCUCAUCAAGGAUUCUGAUGGAGUUCCUAAAGACGAGCUUGAUGAAGACGAUUUCAAAGAGGAGCAGAAUUCUGUUGCCCGCCUGAUCCAAAUGCUUUAUAAUGAGGAUCCAGAAGAAACGUUUAAGAUCAUUGAUACUGUGAGGAAGCACAUACUGACUGGAGGACCAACACGUCUGCCUUUCACUGUUCCACCUCUUGUUUUUUCUUCUUUAAAGUUGGUCAGGCAGUUGCAAGGUCAAGAAGAAAAUCCUUUUGGAGAUGAUGCCUCAGUAACACCAAAGAAAAUAUUUCAGCUUUUAAAUCAGACCAUCGAGACCUUGUCAGGUGUCCUGGCACCAGAAUUAGCACUGCAGUUGUACUUGCAAUGUGCUGAGGCUGCAAAUGACUGUGAUUUGGAACCUGUUGCUUAUGAAUUUUUUACACAAGCUUAUAUUCUAUAUGAAGAAGAAAUUUCUGAUUCCAGAGCACAGGUCACAGCUAUCCAUCUAAUAAUAGGAACUCUUCAAAGGAUGCAUGUCUUUGGUGUUGAAAACAGGGAUACUUUAACUCACAAGGCCACAGGGUAUUCUGCAAAGCUUUUAAAGAAGCCAGAUCAAUGCAGAGCUGUAUAUGCAUGCUCCCAUCUGUUUUGGGUUGAUGAUCACGAUAACAUGAAAGAUGGAGAGAGGGUCCUAUUAUGUCUCAAACGGGCUUUACGAAUUGCAAAUGCUGCCCAACAAAUGUCAAAUGCAGCUCGAGGUAACACGGGAUCAGUAAUGCUCUUCAUCGAGAUAUUAAACAAGUAUCUCUACUUCUUUGAGAAGGGAAACCUACAAGUAACCGUUGCUGCUAUACAGGGCUUAAUCGAGUUAAUUAUGAAUGAAAUGCAGAGUGAUACCACGACUUCAGAUCCAGCUGCCGAUGCUUUCUUAGCCAGUACUAUGCGAUAUAUAGAGUUCCAGAAACAAAAAGGUGGUACCGUAGGCGAGAAGUAUGAAGCUCUCAAGGUUUCACACGCUGGAUGACCAAUACCCUUCAUCUUGUCAUGUUAGCUUUUGAAGCAACCUGUUUUUGUGCUGCUCAAGCAACUGUUUUCAAUUCUCUUUGGAUUUCAUCUCCACAACCACAAGUUUGUGCCUUCCUCAUCUGUGCUGACAGCAAAACUACUCGAUCAUUGAGUUAGAACACCGAUUCACCGUGUAACUAAUCAGACUGAACCACUAUUGCUAGAUCCAUCUUUUCUUUUAUCAAAUUUUACAAUAGUUGAGAGAAAUUAUUUGUAGUACAGUUCCUAUUUAAAUUCAUAAAGUGUGCGCAAAGGUUUACUCGGUCGGACUUGUUGAUUUGCAAUGCCAGACGAAAUCUCCAUA